GAGGGCUGCGCGGCGCGGCGCGGCGCGGCGUGGACGCGCCAAAGUCGGCGAAGUUUGCCGGAACAUGGCGGAAGAGCCCGGGACGCGGAGGCGCCCCGAGCCGGAGCUGCUGUAGCCGCGGCCGCCGCGGGGCGAGGUCGUCGUCAUGGCCCGCUGGAUCCCGACCAAGAGGCAGAAGUACGGGGUUGCAAUCUAUAACUACAAUGCUUCUCAAGAUGUGGAGCUCUCCUUGCAGAUCGGUGACACGGUCCACAUCCUGGAGAUGUACGAAGGCUGGUAUAGAGGAUAUACUCUCCAGAACAAAGCUAAGAAGGGUAUUUUCCCUGAAACCUACAUCCACUUGAAAGAGGCAACUGUAGAAGACCGAGGGCAGCACGAGACGGUGAUUCCUGGGGAGCUGCCCCUGGUGCAGGAGCUCACGAACACUCUGCGAGAAUGGGCCGUCAUCUGGCGCAAGCUCUAUGUGAACAACAAGGUCCCACUGUUCCGCCAGCUGCAGCGGAUGACGUACUGCCUGAUUGAGUGGCGCUCCCAGAUCCUGUCCGGGACACUCCCCAAGGAUGAACUAGCAGAGCUCAAGAAGAAAGUCACAGCCAAAAUUGAUCAUGGGAACAGAAUGCUUGGACUAGACCUGGUAGUACGGGAUGACAAUGGGAACAUCUUGGACCCAGAUGACACCAGCACCAUUGCCCUCUUCAAGGCCCAUGAAGUGGCCUCCAAGAGGAUCGAGGAGAAGAUCCAAGAAGAAAAGUGCAUUCUGCAGAACCUGGACCUGCGAGGUCAGACUAUCUUCAGUACUAUCCACACCUAUGGCCUCUAUGUGAACUUCAAGAACUUCGUCUGCAACAUCGGGGAGGACGCAGAGCUGUUCAUGGCCCUCUAUGACCCAGACCAGUCCACCUUCAUCAGUGAGAACUACCUAAUUCGCUGGGGCAGUAAUGGGAUGCCCAAGGAGAUAGAGAAGCUGAAUAACCUCCAAGCAGUAUUCACCGACCUCAGCAGCACAGACCUCAUCCGGCCUCGCAUCAGUCUCGUGUGCCAGAUCGUCCGGGUGGGCCGCAUGGAGCUGAAGGAGGGCAAAAAGCACACCUGUGGGCUCCGCAGGCCUUUUGGUGUGGCAGUGAUGGAUAUUACUGAUAUCAUCCACGGGAAGGUGGACGAUGAAGAGAAGCAGCAUUUUAUUCCCUUUCAGCAAAUUGCCAUGGAAACCUAUAUCCGGCAGAGACAGCUCAUCAUGUCACCCUUGAUAACGUCACACGUGACCGGAGAGAAUGAGCCACUCACUUCGGUCUUGAAUAAGGUGAUAGCUGCGAAGGAAGUGAACCACAAAGGGCAAGGUCUUUGGGUGUCCCUGAAGCUGUUGCCAGGUGACCUCACACAGGUUCAGAAGAACUUUUCACACCUAGUGGAUAGAUCAACAGCAAUAGCCCGGAAAAUGGGCUUUCCAGAAAUAAUCUUGCCAGGCGAUGUUCGAAAUGACAUCUAUGUCACCCUGAUCCAUGGGGAGUUUGACAAAGGAAAGAAGAAGACACCCAAGAAUGUGGAGGUGACAAUGUCUGUGUUUGAUGAGGAUGGCAACCUUUUAGAGAAAGCGAUUCACCCUGGUGCGGGCUAUGAAGGCAUUUCAGAGUACAAAUCAGUGGUUUAUUACCAAGUCAAGCAGCCGUGCUGGUAUGAGACGGUCAAGGUCUUCAUCGCUAUAGAAGAGGUCACCCGCUGCCACAUAAGAUUUACCUUCCGACACAGGUCAUCUCAGGAAUCCAGAGAUAAAUCAGAGCGGGCAUUUGGUGUGGCCUUUGUGAAACUGAUGAACCCAGAUGGCACCACCCUGCAGGAUGGGAGGCACGACUUGGUGGUAUAUAAGGGUGAUAAUAAGAAAAUGGAAGAUGCUAAAUUCUACCUGACCCUGCCUGGGACCAAAGUAGAAAUGGAAGAAAAAGAGCUUCUAGCAUCCAAAACCGUGGCCACCUUUAUACCCAGCAAGGACAGCACGAAGGACAGUUUUCAGAUCGCUACCCUCAUUUGCUCUACAAAGCUCACCCAGAAUGUGGACUUGCUAGGCUUAUUAAAUUGGCGUUCCAACUCCCAGAACAUUAAGCACAACCUGAAGAAGUUAAUGGAGGUGGAUGGAGGUGAGAUAGUGAAGUUCUUGCAAGAUACGCUAGAUGCACUUUUUAACAUAAUGAUGGAAAUGUCAGACAGUGAGACAUAUGACUUCCUUGUGUUUGACGCAUUGGUCUUCAUUAUUUCACUGAUCGGAGACAUCAAGUUCCAGCAUUUUAAUCCCGUCCUUGAAACCUACAUUUACAAGCACUUCAGUGCCACUUUGGCAUAUGAGAAACUCUCCAAGGUACUGAACUUUUAUGUGGCUAAUGCUGAUGACUCUAGCAAGACGGAAUUGCUCUUUGCUGCUCUGAAAGCCUUGAAGUACUUGUUCCGAUUCAUCAUCCAGUCGCGAGUGCUCUACUUGAGAUUUUAUGGUCAGAGUGAAGAUGGAGAUGAAUUUAAUAACUCAAUCCGCCAGCUGUUUCUUGCUUUCAAUGCGCUAAUGGACAGGCCUCUGGAGGAAGCUGUCAAGAUCAAGGGGGCAGCUUUGAAGUACCUGCCUAGCAUAAUUAAUGAUGUCAAACUGGUGUUUGAUCCCGUGGAGCUCAGCGUGCUCUUCUGCAAGUUCAUUCAAAGCAUUCCCGACAACCAGCUAGUGCGGCAGAAACUUAACUGCAUGACCAAGAUAGUAGAGAGCAGCCUUUUCCAGCAGCCAGAGUGCAGAGAGGUGCUGCUGCCACUGCUGACGGACCAGCUCAGUGGCCAGCUGGAUGACCACUCAAGCAAACCUGACCACGAGGCCAGCUCGCAGCUUCUAAGCAACAUCCUGGAGGUGCUGGACAGGAAGGAUGUGGGCCCCACUUCAACACAUGUAUUGCGGAUCAUGGAACGGCUGUUGAGAAGGAUCAACCGGACGGUGAUUGGGAUGAGCCGGCAGUCUCCUCACAUCGGCAGCUUCGUGGCUUGUAUGAUUGCCAUCUUACGACAAAUGGAAGACAGUCACUACAGCCACUACAUCAGCACCUUCAAAACCAAACAGGACAUCAUCGACUUCCUAAUGGAAACCUUUAUCAUGUUUAAGGAUCUGAUUGGAAAGAAUGUAUAUGCCAAAGAUUGGAUGGUCAUGAACAUGACACAGAGCAGGGUUUUCCUCCGUGCUAUUAAUCAGUUUGCUGAAGUUCUCACGAGAUGCUUCAUGGACCAGGCAAGCUUUGAACUUCAGCUCUGGAAUAAUUACUUCCAUUUGGCGGUGGCAUUUCUCACCCAUGAGUCCCUUCAACUUGAAACCUUCUCACAAGCCAAGCGCAACAAAAUUUUGAAAAAAUAUGGGGACAUGAGAAAGGAAAUCGGCUUUAGGAUCCGGGACAUGUGGUACAACCUGGGUCCUCACAAAAUCAAAUUCAUCCCAUCUAUGGUGGGUCCCAUUCUGGAGGUCACUCUGACCCCUGAAGUGGAGCUCCGGAAAGCCACAAUCCCCAUUUUCUUUGAUAUGAUGCAGUGUGAGUUCAAUUUCAGUGGCAAUGGCAAUUUCCAUAUGUUUGAGAAUGAGUUGAUCACCAAGCUGGAUCAAGAGGUGGAAGGGGGCCGAGGAGAUGAGCAAUAUAAGGUCCUUCUGGAAAAGCUGCUUCUGGAACAUUGCCGGAAGCAUAAAUACCUCUCAGGCUCCGGGGAAGUCUUUGCCCUCCUGGUCAGCAGCCUCUUGGAGAACCUGCUUGACUACAGAACCAUCAUCAUGCAUGACGAGAGCAAGGAAAACCGCAUGAGCUGCACUGUGAACGUUCUGAAUUUUUAUAAAGAAAAGAAGCGAGAGGAUAUAUACAUAAGAUACCUGUACAAGCUUCGAGAUCUGCACCGUGACUGUGAGAACUACACGGAAGCUGCCUACACGCUUCUCCUGCAUGCAGAGCUUCUGCAGUGGUCUGACAAGCCCUGUGUACCCCACUUACUUCAGAGGGACAGCUACUGUGUUUACACCCAGCAAGAACUUAAGGAGAAACUGUAUCAGGAAAUCAUAUCCUACUUUGACAAAGGCAAAAUGUGGGAGAAGGCCAUCACACUGAGCAAAGAGCUGGCUGAAACCUACGAGAAGAAAGUGUUCGACUAUGAGGGCCUGGGCAGUCUCCUGAAAAAACGAGCUUCGUUUUAUGAGAACAUCAUUAAGGCCAUGAGGCCCCAGCCUGAAUACUUUGCUGUGGGAUACUACGGACACGGUUUUCCUUCUUUCCUGCGGAAUAAAAUCUUCAUCUACCGGGGGAAGGAGUAUGAGAGGAGAGAAGACUUCAGCCUGAGACUGCUGACCCAGUUCCCCAAUGCCGAGAAGAUGAGCAAUACCACGCCUCCAGGAGACGAUAUCAAGUCAUCCCGGAAGCAGUACCUGCAGUGCUUCACCGUGAAGCCCGUGAUGAGCCUGCCACCCAACUACAAGGACAAACCAGUUCCAGAGCAGAUCUUGAACUACUACAGGGCCAAUGAAGUACAGCAGUUCAGAUAUUCCCGGCCAUUCCGGAAAGGAGAAAAAGACCCGGACAAUGAGUUUGCUACCAUGUGGAUUGAACGGACCACAUAUACAACGGCCUAUACCUUCCCUGGGAUUCUCAAGUGGUUUGAAGUCAAACAGAUUUCAACAGAAGAAAUCAGUCCUUUGGAGAAUGCCAUAGAAACCAUGGAACUGACCAAUGAGAAGAUCAGCAACUGUGUGCAGCAGCAUGCCUGGGACCGGUCCCUCUCUGUGCACCCGCUUUCCAUGCUGCUCAACGGCAUCGUGGACCCAGCUGUCAUGGGGGGAUUUUCCAACUAUGAAAAGGCUUUUUUUACAGAAAAGUACUUGCAAGAACAUCCUGAGGACCAGGAGAAGGUAGAGCUGCUCAAGCGACUGAUUGCCUUGCAGAUGCCUCUCCUCACAGAAGGGAUCCGUAUCCACGGGGAGAAGCUGACAGAGCAGCUCAAGCCGCUGCAUGACCGGCUGUCUUCAUGCUUCCGAGAACUAAAGGAAAAAGUAGAGAAGCUCUACGGGGUGAUAACACUGCCGCCCAGCUUGACUGAGAGGAAGCAAAGCCGCACGGGCUCCGUGGUGAUGCCCUACAUCAUGUCUUCCACACUGCGCAGGCUGUCCGUCACCUCACUGGCAUCCUCUGUGGUCUCCACCUCCUCCAACUCUUCUGACAACGCCCCCUCCAGACCAGGAUCUGAUGGGUCCAUCCUGGAGCCACUCUUUGAGCGAAGAGCUUCGUCAGGUGCCAGAGUUGAAGAUGUGCCACCCAAAGAAGAUGGCGAGAACCGGAUGAGCAAGUUCAAGAGAAAAGACUGGAAUCUGAGCAAGUCCCAAGUCAUUGCAGAGAAGGCUCCAGAGCCGGAUGUGAUGAGCCCAGGCAGAAAAACGCAAAGGCCAAAGAGUCUCCAGCUGGUGGACAGCCGGCUAACGCCAUUCCACAGUUCUUCACCUCCUCAGUCUACAGCCCUGAGUCCACCUCCACUCACUCCCAAAGCUACCCGGACCCUAAGCUCCCCGUCUUUGCAGACAGAUGGGCUGACGACUUCUGUCCCUCCUCCACCUCCUCCCAAAAGCAAGCCCUAUGACAACAGCCAGAGGAACUCAGCCGAGAUUGCACCCCCACUGCCUGUCCGAAGAGAAGCCAAAGCCCCACCCCCACCCCCUCCAAAGGCUCGGAAAUCUGGUAUCCUCUCCUCUGAGCCAGGCGCCCAGUGAGGAUGUCACCUGGCUCUGCACCUCUGAGUGCCUUGGACCACUGCUGCCUGAGAAUGGCCAGGAAGAGAGGUCAGCGUCACCGUGUGGUGGUCCUGCGGUCUGUGCUUCCUGGGCUAAGAUGAUGAUCCUUAACUCAAUGGAUUUUGUCCUGCCAAAGGCUUCUCUUUGAUGGAUAUCUGGGUGCCCCAUGCCCUCCAGCUCAUAUAACUUCUGGAAUUGGCCAUCUCUCUUCGUGUCCCAUGGUGACAUUUUGGCCUUAACCAUGGAUACUGGGGGUCCACCAGUUCUCCCACCGUGACACAGUGACACAGUGAGGGUGGAGUGAGGAGCAGCCUGAGCAUUUGACUCUUGGUGGAUUUCUCGCUUUGCUUCUGAAAAGCUGUGCUUGAGACUUCUUCUGUGUGCAUCUAUAUCUUAUCCAGCCUCUUGUUAGAGCUGAGGAUCAAGUACACUCCAGCAGCAGGCACGGCUCUCCUCUCAUAUUUACUGUCUCCUCUGAGGGAAAGAGCACAUUUGUAUGUGGGGCAGGCUGCUGGGCAGAGGGGUGCCUGGCUGUCAUCGCUGAGACACCUUGGACUCUCAUCUGUCACACUCUGUGAAUGGCCCUCACUAUGCAGCGGUCACUUGCUGUACCUUGGAGUCCUUUGAAGCUUUUUUGCACAGUUUCUCAGCCUCUUCCUCUGAGUUCAAAUCCCAGGUUGUAGGGGAUCUUGGAGCUCUGGCUCUACCAGCUUCAUUUCUGGCCCCCAUUUGGACUACGUAGUCCCUGCCUGCUACCUGAUUUUACCCUGGAGAAUACAGUGCAAUAUUUCCCUUUAUGUAUUCCUCUUGAUCAUAGAAUUAAUUUGAUGAUUUUAUUUGCUAAUGGUACUAAUGCCUAGACUCCUUUCAGAAGAAAUGGGAUGGUUUGGAUAACCAAAUACUGCAUACACAUAAACCACCAUGAGUACAGAUAUUCUGAGUUAGAUGGGUUUUAAAAUUCGUACACAAUACACACGCCCCCCAUUUUGGAGUGAGGAAAUUGGGGCUACACACAGAAAGUGGUACUAUGGAUUCUUACUGGUAGCCUGCUUGCUCAUUUAGGCUAUGCCAAAGACUUACAUGCAGAUCUGGAAGACAUCUCUUGCCAGGUCUUAAAUGCCUUGCCCUAGUUGGAACAGUAUUUGAAAAGUCCCAGCUAGUUCUGCCAUAUUUGGAUAUUGAUGGCAAAGCAGAAAACUUCCUGGUUGUGACUCAGGUCUAGGGUCUCUCAUUGACCUUGCCCAGAAUCCUAUCCUCCAAGUUCAAGAGAGAUUUCAGCUGUGAGAAGCACAUUUGCCUGCCUGCCUCUCUGUGCAGCUCCUUUCACUACCACCUUUAUUACGAGAAACAUAAAGAUCCAGGAAGCAGAAGCUUCUGAGACAUGCCUGGCAUGCUACUCAAGAGCCUACUGUGCAUAUUCUAGAGAUGGCAUGGAGCUCCCUUCUUUACCCCCAUCCAGGAAAUACAAUGUGAUCGUAGACUCUCAAAUUCUAAACUCAUUUGGUCUCAUAUCUCAGGUGUCACCAUUAACUUUGCCAACUCCCCCCAAAGCAUUUGAAAUUCUCAGCGUUUACUUUGGUCAUGCAGUGGGUGUCCUUCCAUUCUCUGUUAGGUCUGAGGAAGCUCUGGAACUCUAUGUGCAUUUUGAUAAUUAUUCUUCCACAAGGUAUCUGAGGGUGAGUGUAGGUUAGCACUGCAUGUACAGUUCUCCAAACCAUGGCAGCAUCUGGAGCCUUUUGCAUGGAAGCACUGGUAGUAAGAACUGAAGAGAAGCUGGGUGUGGUGGUGUAUGCCUGAAGUAUUUGGGAGGCAGACGCAGGCAGAUCCCUGCAAGAUCAAGGCCAGCCUGAUCAACAUAGGGAGUCCCAGGCCAUCUGGGGCUACAGGGAGACCCUGUUUCAAAAAGACCAUAAAAGAGAUUAGAACUUCUAAAGAGAUUCUGCACAGUGGUUAGAAAGGGUUUAUACACUUCACUAUACUUUGCAGGCUACCAUUGAAAUACACAGAUGGAAACUAGAUUGGAAAAAGAAAAGCAAAACUCUAGCCUCUCUGCAGAGCAAGAGGAGUGUCCAGCUUGAUCUCUGAGCAGAGCUGGACACAGAUGCCAGUGCCCAGACACGUUCCUUUUUUUUAAUAGAACAAUUCCGGUAUGAGUCCCUUUCCACAUUAAUGAAAAUCAUAGCUCUCAAUUGCCUGGACACAAAGGACUCUGGGUAGUAUCAUAGGUUACAGAAGAUGUUAGGAGGUUUACUUCCUUGGGAAGCUAUGGAUUAAGGAGUCAUGUCUGACCAAGUCAUCAAUAAUGUCUGUCCCAAAGUUGAAGACUGCAAAGAAAUGCCUUGUGGUCAUGUUAAAUAUAGAAGAGACGGGAGCAGAGAAAAGACAGGAAGAGCCAGUUUUUACUUUCUAUGCUAAGAUCUCUAGGGUAUUGAAGGACACUGAAAUUAGUCCUGGAAUGCACAGCUUUUAUGAAAGAACAUUGGUUUACAGGUUGUGGGUUUGUGUUACUGGAUCACUUUUCUCUUUCCCUCUCUGCCCUGGUUAUCUUGCUUUGAGAUUAUUUUUGAAAGAAUUAUUUCAUUUAGCAUACACUAAGUUACUCUUGAGAGACCAGAUAUGGAACCAGCCCCGCAGGACGGUUUGGUGUGCUCAGUGGAAAGGUCACACUAGUGAGCUGUAGGAUUGGAAAAUCAGUACUACAUGAAAAUGAAGACCUAGAAAGGCUGCUUAGCAAAGAAAUGCCCUCUUCCCUCCACUUAUGGUCCUUGAUUCCAAAAUCCCAGCCAUUUUCUCCAGUUAGGGGCACCCAUCAAAAACAUAGCCAUACUGUACGUCCCUAGAAUAAAACAAGUCAUACAGGAUCUGAGGUAACCAACCACCUUUGUUAGCACUUUCCAAGGUGGAAGAGCCCCUUCCAGUUGAUUCCAGAUUGAGGCGCAAUUUCUUACCUUGCAGUUGAGAUGAAACUUAUAUACAGUUCAGUGCACAAAUCAAAGAAGUACAGAUACAGGCAUUUCCAAGUAGCUGGACAUUCAUGUGACGUCUCAGAGACAUGACUCCUGCACCCUAGGAGGUGUCCAUGUGCUCAGGGCACCAUUCUGUGAAAAGUACUUCGAUCCUCCAAAUUUGUGCCUUCAUUCUUUUCACUUCUCAGGUAUAAUGAUAAGGGGAUAAAGACCCCACCAUCAACACAAAGCAAGACCACAAAGACAGUACAGCGUUUCACAAGUCCCUUUCCUCCCUGGCUGCUUCUAUGCAAAGCAAAAGACAAGAGACUUCUGCCACUCUUUCCACUCCACACUGGUGCUCUCCUCUCCCAUGCCUUGACUAUUAACAAAAGAUUUGUGAAUAUUAAUGAGUCUAGCAUCUAUUCUUGAGAUACGGAUAUAAAUUUUAAUUCUCCGCAAUAGCCUGUGGACAAGUGUGUCCGCAAUAGUCUGAGGACUCUACCAACUUGGCCCACCAUGUCUCCACCUCCAGUACACUGUUAGGAUAACUUCCCUUCCCUGUGUACUUUGGGAAGUCGAUGAAUACUACUCCCUUGAACAUUUUCAUUCCACCAUAAGCCACUAUUUGGAAUCAUGGAAUGGCUGGGGAUGUAGCGCAGUGGUAGAUCACUUGAACAGCAUGUGUGAGUCCUGGGUUUCCAUUAUCAAUAAAACAGAAGAGAGAAAAAUAAAUUGGAAAAAGUGAAGCUUCUCUUGGGUGGAUUCAGAGUUGAGCCAUCAGCUGUAAUCUACAAGAGGAAUAAUUUUCUUUUCAGAUGAGUAAUUCCUAGCUGACUCUUCAGAGCCAGCCCAAACCAGUCUCCCACAUAGACUCAAACUCAUCUCUUAGUCACCUUAUGAGUUGUUCUCCCAGACUUUCAUCAAGAUUCCUUUGCCAUAAUUUUCUAUCUAGUUGGGUUUCAUACAUGCAGUUAGGAAGAUGUGUGUUGAAGAGUUUUGUUCUGAUAUUCUGUUAUUUAUUUUGUAAAUUAAAAAUGGAAAUGUAUUUUAAAUUUAUUAUGUGUUUAUCUUGUUACUGCUCUUAGAUUAAUAAAGUGAGAUCAUGGACCUUGUAA